AUGUUGCCUCUAGUGGUACAGGUCCAAGAAACAACCAAACCCUUGGAUUUUCAGAACCAGCACUGGAGGGAUGAGGAAGGAGAAAGAGGAGAUGUUGUGGGAGCUGCUUUGAAGGUUAAACAUAUUUCCAAAGAAUUGCAGAUUAUCUCCACCAAACACAAAACACCUGCUUACGGCUCCCUUGGCCCAUACGGAUGGCCUCAGAAUGUCUCACAAGCACUGGAUCAGUAUCUGUACCGCCCUCCUCCCAAAGCCAAACCUCCAGUAAAAGCAUCUCCAAAAGCCAAGAAGAUCCUGGGGUGGGGUGACUUUUACUUCAACGUGAAAACGGUGAAAUUCAGCCUCCUGGUGACAGGGAAAAUUGUGGACCACAUCAACGGUACGUUCAGCGUCUACUUUCGUCACAACUCAUCUCGUCUGGGGAACAUAUCUGUCAGCAUCGUCCCACCCUCCAAAGCUGUAGGAUGGGAGGUUUUGGAUCCAGCGGCUCAGGGUGUUGACACCAAAAACUCUGUCCUAGUUCCAGAUCUGACAUCCCAGUUUCAGAGCCCACCUCAGUCCACCAGCUCCACCCCUCCAGACCAGCAGAAGCAGCAGCAGGACAUGAUGAUGGUGACUGAACUCAACUGCCGGAUUGAAUACCAGAGAACCAACAGGUCCAAGAAGACCAAGCCCUGCAUGUAUGACCCAGGGCAGACCUGCUACUCAGAAAACACCCAGUCCCAAGCAGCCUGGAUCUGCGCCAAACCCUUUAAGGUCAUAUGCAUCUUUAUCGCCUUCACCGGCACCGAUUACAGGCUGGUGCAGAAAGUCUGUCCUGACCACAACUUUCAGACAGAGCAGAACCAGCAGCACUUCGGAUGA